AUGGGCAAAAAAGAUAAGGGCGAGAAGAAGGAGAAGGAGGAGAAGGGUGCCUUGGGCGUCGGCGAGGUGCAGGCUGCGACCGAUUUCUUGAUUCGGCCAGAGAAGGGCGUGCCGCCGCUGGACACUUCCAAGUGGCCGCUGCUCCUUAAGAACUACGACAAGCUCAACGUCCGGACGGGCCACUACACGCCCAUCCCGGCUGGCCACACGCCACUCAAGCGGCCGCUCAAGGAGUACCUCAGCACCGGCUGCAUCAACCUGGACAAGCCCUCAAACCCCUCGUCCCAUGAGGUGGUCGCCUGGAUCCGGCGCAUGAUGCGCGUCGAGAAGACGGGCCACAGCGGCACGCUCGACCCCAAGGUCACGGGCAACCUCAUCGUGUGCGUCGACCGCGCGACGCGGCUGGUCAAGGCGCAGCAGAGCGCCGGAAAGGAGUACGUCUGCAUCGUCAGGUUCCACGGCAAGGUGGAGGGCGGCGCCGUCCGCGUCGCGCGCGGCAUCGAGACGCUCACGGGCGCGCUCUUCCAGCGCCCCCCGCUCAUCAGCGCCGUCAAGCGCCAGCUGCGCGUGCGCAGCAUCUACGCGUCCAAGCUGUACGAGUACGACGAGGAGCGCCACCUGGCGGUGUUCUGGGUGUCGUGCGAGGCGGGGACGUACGUCAGGACGCUGUGCGUCCACCUGGGGCUGCUGCUGGGCGUCGGCGGGCACAUGCAGCAGUACGCCGACGAAUGGGAGUUGCCGAGGAACCAAGGCAGCGUUGCGGACCGUCACAAUCAGUGA